GCACUAGUGACCUCUUCGAGAAAUUUACUACGUAGGUACAGUAGGUAAUUUACCUUAUCUACAUAAGAUAAAUAAGAACACUGUACGAAAUCUACCGUCACAGACUAUAAAAAAUCAGGAAUAGGUAAAAAGUACCCAUAUGCCCAAAACGCGAAAUAACUGCUGAGCAGCGGCCCCCUGUGGCUCGGGGGGCUUAGAAUACGGCCACGGUAUCCCCUACCUGUCGUAAGAGGCGACUAAAAGGGGGAUGUAAAGAAACCAAUAAGAAAUUACGGACAAGUAUGAGUGGAAUUCAAAGUACAGAAGCAUAUAGCAUAAAUAAUAUAAUUGAAAAUGGCGCGAUAAUACGCUUGGCCGAUAACUUUUCGUUGGGUAAAAAGGGACAGAUCCAAGUCCCUAGAUUACGCCACCCUCAAUAGAGGGAAACGUGAAGUGAAGUGUAGUGAAGUGAAGUGAAGUGAAGUGAAGUGAAGUGAAGUGAAGUGAACUGCUGGGCAUUAUGUUUAUAUAAUAUUCAAUUGAAAAUUAAAAUUUUCUACGUUCCUAAGAACGUAGAAACAAAUUUCCUGAAUUACCACCGAAAAUUGUCGCUCGAUGAAAGCUGGAUCUCUGAUUUAAGUUGGCUAACCUGACGACGAUUGCAUUUCAUAGAUACCAGCCAUUAAUUUACAGAAUCGACCACGCUGUGGCGGAAGCAGCGGGGAGUGGAAGAAAGAAAUAGGGUGAGGAAGAGGGCGUUGCAAAAUGUCGAGAGCAGACACGAGGGUUCGACAGGAACUUGGCUUUCAGUCGCAGCUCGGCAGUCUAUACGGGACGAUCGAGUUACGUAUAGUACGGUGCAUUUAACGUGCAUAUAUACGCGUACGGCGCAUGUAUUAGUGCUCAUAGGCGCAGUCUCGCGUGAGUACGCGUAACCGAUACGCCGGACGAGUUGACACACGCGCAGCAAUGGCGUACCCCCUUGAAGAAGCCUGAGCAUGUUCUCGUCGAAUAUUCCUUUGUGUCGCUGUGUGUGGUGUGUGUAAAAGGGACAAAUAAUUGGAAUAAAAUAGGGCAAAUGUAACCCGAUGAUAUAAACGCGAAACGACAUCGGGCGUAUACGAUAUUACAGGCUUGCAGAUACAGAGAGGAACGAACGUUACGCCCAGCUAGAGAACAUCGGAGCCCAUUGCUUGUUCUCUGAUACAAAGUUGAAUAUCCGUUCUCACGGUAUCGUCAGGUCAUUCACGAAAAAGCUUCGUCAAGCGGAAAUUGACAAGGAACAUCCUGGCGUAUGAAGGUUGAACGCGAAUGCGAUGCACGGAUAUAGCCGUCGGGGUAACAACGUUCGAUGGGGUUUGUGACUGAGUGAAGUGGAUUACUACGUGCGCUCGAGAUUCGAGGGAAGAGGGAGGAAAAAAUACGUGUCAGUAGAGAAGCUGAGAGAUCGUGGUAGAAACGACAAAGGAAAGGGAAGUCAGAACGAAGAAUCAUACGGAACAGAUCGAUGUUGCAAGAAAGCCGGUUUCGAAUCAACCAGGAUUGAUCGUCGUAUUCGUACUCGUUGUAAGCGUUUAACUACGACCUUUUUUCCUUCCCUCUCUCGAAAUAUGCGAUAACGCUUCUUUACUCGUGUACAUUGGGGGCUUCCGCCUCGAGGGCUUUCCUCGGUGUUGGAUAUACCUGCUUGGUCCAACCCUUGGAUAAGGCGACCCUCUCGCAGCGAUGAAUCGUAUCGUUCUUUUCUGUCUAGUUCGAAGAUGCGUUCGUGACAGCGAGAAGCGCAAGUGCUACUGAUACAUCCGCAUCCCUGACACGAUUAGAAAACGAAACAUAACGAAAGAGAAACGAUCGAGAGGGAGAGAGAGAGAGAGAGAGAGAAGAAAAGGAAGCAACGACAGAGAGGGUAGUCGAGUUUAGGUGAAAAAAGGAAAUUGCCGGAGGAUCGCGAACUCGCGUCUCCGGCCAGCUGAGAAAGUUUCGCAGUCUUUACGCUGGGUGAGACGGAGUGCGGAUCGUUAUUAGGGAGAAUAAUCGCGAGGAUCCCACGAAAUGAAAGCCUAGCGUUCGAGGUGGGUUGUUCGUCAGCGGGCGCACAAGAAGGGACGGUUCGGCGGCGGAAGCCUGGAUAGUAGGAGGUUUCCAACAUGGCCGCCGCCUGUUACGAAAAGGAAGUGGUGGUAGGUGCCGCUAUACAUGGACACGGUCAUCACCAUCACCACCAUCAUCAUCAUCACCAUCAUCAUCACCAUCAUGGAAUAGCCGGCGGGUCCACCGGAACGCCUAACCCGGCUGGUGUGACGGGACCGGGAACCGGGCCAACCGGGAUCGGUCCGCAGACAGUCUUGCCGGCCGCAUCGACCGGCAUCCUAGACACCACCUCCGUCGGUUCUAGCUCGACCGCGAACACGAACACGAACGCAUCCACCACCGCGACCGCUGCAGCUGUCGCGGCCGCGACAGCAGCCGCAGCGGCCGCUGCUGUUGCUGUCACCACCUACAAGGACUACAAAGAUUACUCGCAACCGCUCCACGUGGACUGCAGCGUCGAGUACGAGCUACCUAGCCAGGCAAAACCACCGCCCGGUGGCGGAGAACCCCUUCUGAUGAUCCAUCCGUGCUACUAUCGACGCGCCGAACGCGAAAGGAGAAGUCCUUUCGUCAACAAUUUACCACCCCCGACAAACACGCCUAUAUCUUCCUCUCGACGGACCAGCAGGAGGAGCGCGUCGGCCGCCGUAGUCGUUGCCACUGCCGCUUCCGCUGUCGCGGCCGUUUCCUCCACGUCGUCGGUGGCACCGUCCUCCUCGGUCGCCUCCGUUUCUACCUCGACCGUGUCUUCGACUUCCGCCGCGGCCGUGUUAUCAGCGACCGCGGCAGUGGUGGCAACGGCCGAUUCCGGCUCGAAUCUCGUGCCUACUGCCGGUCAAAUGUCCGCAGCUAUGGCGGCCUCCUAUCGUGCCGCUCUUAACGCCGCUGCCACUCUCUCCCAGCAACAACAACAGCAACAACAAAGACGCCAACACCACCAACAACAACAACAACAACAACAACAGCCACAACAAACACAUCCUCAUCAUCAUCAUCAUCGACCUCACGUUCACGCUCCGCAUCACGGUCAACAACAACAGCAGCAGGGUACGGUAACGCCAACUACUUCCGGCACCGAAUUGAUCUCUGCCGACGAGAAAGCAGUCAUAUCAGGUAUUUAUCAACAUUACUUCCGCGCGAUGCGCGCACACAAUCAUCAGCAUCGGCAGCAGCAGCAGCAGCAGCAGCCGCCGCCGCCGCAACAGCAACAACAACCGCAACCGCAGCAGCAGCAGCAGCAUCGAACUACUCAUCAACUACAUCAUCAACCUCACCAAAGUGACAGAAGUUCCUCCUCGUCGGCUACGCCGGCGGUCACGUCGAUCUCCGGCAUUUUGCGGCAGAGUUAUCAACAGACGUAUAACGCGACGAGCUCGAGCUCGACGGGUCAUCUACGGGCAGCGACGGCCUCGGCGGUUGCUCAUCAUCCGUACAGACGGCCGUCGGCAACGUUGCUAUCGCGAGCGGCCUCGCACGUCGGGCAACAGGCUUCCUCAUCUUCCUCCUCCUCUUCCACGUCCAUCGGUGCUUCCAGUGGUGUUUCUUCCGGCAGCGUAUCCAGCGUAUACGCGAGUACGAUACACAGGCAUCAUGCAACCUCGUUGCACGCCCUUCAGACGGCUAGUUUUUACGAAACGCCCGGUUAUCAUGCGCUUUUACCGCAGAGUUAGGUGACCACUAACCCGCUCGAGACCGACCCCGUUGCCAGCAUUCAUUUAUUCACGUAAUCCGGCUGCAAAGCUGUGCCUCCUUCCCUAUUGUACGACUUAUCUUUCCCAGUCGUUAAAAAGCAUACGGGUUUGGUCCGUUGGUACACACGGGAUACAUCUCUCUCUGCGGUAUAUACCUACAUACGUGUAUGCGCUAUAUACGUAGAGAUAUGUAUGUACAUAUAUACAUACGUAUACCGUAUAUAUGUACGUAUCGUCGACGGAACGAUCGUACGUGCCGUGUUCGCUUGUUGGCAGUGUGCGGGUGGCCGAACGGACCGGCAGAAAGCCGCAGAAUAAACACACGAACGAGAGUACACGCUACAUACAUACACACAGAGCGUUGAAAUCCAGGGACAGAUGGAGGGAUCGAGACAACUGAAAAUGGUCGCGUCCGUACGCAUCGAGCUAUUCCAUCCACCUGCGAUACGUGCUACUCAGGUAUAAAAAUCCAUUUACUUAGGUCCGUAUUAACGACUUAUUUUUAACCGGACAAUAUUUUCUCUGCUUGAAUUCCUGAAACUUGAGGGAUGCCUUUCUUCGACGGAAAAGCAAUCCCUAAUUCUUUUUUCUCGUCUCUCGAAACGCGCGUGUGUCAGCCUUUUCCCAUCUUUUUCUCCAUCCGUUCGACUACCGACGGAUCGCAAACACUACUCGACAAUAGUAUUUUUAGGACCUUCGAUCUGUACCACAGACGAAGACUUAACGAGACACAUCACCGGUGUAUAGUAUUAGACAGAAGUUUUUUAAAGAUUUACGCGAUUAGUUGGUAGAAUUCCUAUGAGGAAUAGUUUCGACGCUUUUUUACCUGUUAGGGAUUACGUAGUCGAAUACACGCCGGGAGGGAAUCGGAGUAAGAAAGGAUACGAUUUUUUGCCAAAUGAUUUAUUCAGAAGUUGACGUAGACUGUAAUUUCGUAUUAAUAAACAGUGAGUGCUCUUUUAUAGAUCAGGGUGCAAUUCUUGACCCGAGAUCUCCGGACACCCGGUGUCAUCGCUUAGCUAGUGCCUAUUUACAUAACCAACCACCUUUCAGUUACGAUCCCAUUGAAACUUAAUUGACAAUCAUAGUAAUCGCAAGUGCCAAAGUCCGACGAUAUCUAACGAAAACUUUAUUCAACGUAACAACUUUGCCAAACAAAUAGGAAGCGUACGUUCCCUUUUAUUUCGAUUCUUAGUUUUAGCGUGCACAUACAGGAAAUGAGGGUAACUGCGUCGCAACGAUCGCGCAGAGUUGUCCUGUUCCAACGAAAUUGCUCCUUCUCGCCCUAUUCGUAAACCCUCCAUCUCCCUCGGCCACGUUCCUCUUCGUCGUCGUUCUUUCUCUUUCGGUCUCGCGGAACAUCUCUAGAAAGCCGUGGUCCGCAGAGCUGGGCAGGAUUUCUUCUUUUUUGUCCUGCGCCCUUUUCAAAGAGCGCGCUCAAGGAGAAACGGACGGGGACCGUAUUUCGUUACACGGUAACGAUCGAUCAACGUGACCGCACGACCGCACCGGCGGUACGGGCGAGCCGUGGCGAAGCGAGACGAAGCGAGGCGAGGCGAGGCGAAACGAGACGGGUCGGGACGACCGGGACGGGACGGGACGGGACGGAUCUGGGCGGUUACGGGACGAAGGGAACGGGAGAGAUACGACCAGACCAGACGAGAAGGGGGCGCGGUCAAGAUGGGGAUCGGUAGAGACGAAACUGAGAGACGGUUCGUAAGUCAGGGGAGGAGGGAUGCAUCGACUUGUACUCCAAAAACACUGACGACCAUGUGGACGGGACGUUAGACAAACAGCCGCUAAUGCGAACCUACCACUCCUACAAUUUCACCUGUAGCCCUUAGGAAAGUUGAAAACCCAAGCCGGAGGGAGAAUUUUUUCAGGAAAUUUGUUAAAUAUCUUCGCGAGUAACUCGUUUAACGACGGCUCGAUUUCCUAGAAAAGGGGGCUGAAGAGACCAUCCGCCAGCAUUACGCGUUUAUAUCUUCGCAGGAAAAUCUCGCCGCGUAGUUUGAUGACGUCUGAAUAGAUUCGUGUAACGUCAUAGGGAAAAAGAAAUAGCGCGACAGCGGCAAAGAAAACCGGGUGGGGUAUAUUUCUAACGCGUAAUGCGUUUCACACGACACGCAUCGAUGCCUGAUGCCCUCAUACGCACACCCAAGGCGCAAUCGUACCUUCCAACCGGUCGAUAACAAAUACGUUUUCAAGUAGUUACGGAUUGUCCGUACGGUAGAGGGUUAAACUUCAUCCACUGAUAGAUAUUUAUUUGACGUGGAAGGAAGGAUGGCAUUAUUGCGGCUCGUUGAAACCCCCGUCGAACUCGUUAUAUAAUGUGACGUCGACAUUAGGUAAUUAGGAAGCGUCGCAAGCAGAAACGUUAUCGCUGUCUUUGAAAAGGUUUCACUGGUUCGUUUGUCGGUUUUCUUUCUUCUUUCUUCUUUCUUCUUUCUCCCUCUCUACGUUUCUGCGAACAAAGAGGACAAUUCGAACGGUCGUAGAACGUUAUUUUUCCAUUCCUCGUCAUUCCACUUUCGAAUUACAUAUCUUUCUUCGAACGGUUAAAUCACACGUGUGGAAUUCUGAUUUUCGUCAUUCGUCUCGUGUAAAUCAGCCGUAAUGAAUAAUAAUUGUUGGAGAAACGAAAGUGGUGGGAUUCGCUCCCCUCCGCGGCCUUUCUGCCGAGAGAAGGCUACCAUGCUCGUAAGUGUACCCGAGGCCCUGCGUUCCUCGUUUCAUCGGGUGCACGGGAGACCCCGGUCGAAAAGCAGCAGCCUCGUUCCUGCCACUCUCACCCUCUUUGCCGCGACCAUCUCUCAGCUGAGGAGCAUUUCCGCCCUGCUGUUUUUGCUCGUUCAAAGAGAACGGACCUCUUAGCGCUAAAGCGGAGGGAAGCAAAACGGAUAGCCGGGCUUAAACACAGUAUCCUCGACGAGUGUUCCACGUCUCUGUAUGUGCACGCAAAAAUAUACCGGCGCGUUUUCAAUUUACCACUAUUUAACUCGUCGUGCCUGAUUUUCGCAAACGAAUCGUAUUUACGUCUUCUCCUUCGCUAGGAAUCAGUAGUUGGGUGAAGUUAAAACGAAUGAAUUAAACGGUACAGUUCUUUAUUUCAAUUUUCUACAAAGCUUUCAAUGCAACACAACGUGCCAAAGUCUACGUUGCAGAAAUUUUGCCUUGAGAAAAUGAAUCGUUCGAUUUUUGGAAGACGACCUUUGUACAUAGCAGUCUUUUUCUUCGGCUUCCUCGUAAUCUGCCAUCAGAUACGUACGUACACAACCUCUUCCCGUCUUCUCCGAUUCGUCGUCGUAUAUUCCCCGGUAGAUGUUGAACCGCUUACUAUGCAAAGGGUACGCUCAUAGAAUUCGAUUGUCGGUGUGUGUCGAAAGAAAAGGGACUCGCUAGCGAACGAAACUCAGCGGGCAUUGUAGACGUCGAGUCGGCGACGAGGCGGUCGAAUGUCAAGCAGCCUUCCGAUACCAUCGGAGUUACGCUUGAAAUUUUUCGUCUCGCGUAUAUAUCGAAAAACUGACGCCAAAAUUCCUCUUCUCUUCCACCGAUUGCGUCAUGGAAAAUGUCUCGGCAACAUUUGCUUUAGCGUUUCCUAUUGAAAAACGUUCCUGUGCCAAAGCAGCCGGACCUCGCGUUAUACUUUUUUAGCCCGUUCGCGAAUGACGCACUUUAAACUGUGUUCCUUUGGAAAUUUUACCGUCUAAUUUUAGUCUAUGCACCGUUUCGCAGGUCUGGGUCAAGAUUAACCCGGUUACCAUUGUAAAUCGUCGAACAACGGACUCCAGGUCAAUUAUGACCCUGACCUGGGAGAAAACGCUUCGACUGAAAUUAGGCAAUAAAAUUUGGAAAAUUUUAUUUAUUUCAAUCCACAGUGUUAAGGUCAGUCUUUUUAUGGUCUGCCGUUAUUUUUUUAUUCUCUAUACAUAUACCGAUGAACGUUAUAGAUAGAGCUUUUUUUUUCUUCCAUGCCGGCAUUACAUCUUGCAUUUACAUUAGAUAUACCCGCGUUCAUCUUUUCAUCGAACACGCACGAGUUUAUCGUUGUUACUAUCUUAAAAAACCUUAGGGUGUUAUGUAAGGGAACAGGGACGACUUUCCAUGCGGCGCGCAUCUUCUAUAAGGGGAGAUAACGCGAUAGUAGCGCUUUACGGUCGGUAAUGUAAGCGUAUACUUAAACUGACCAGAUUUUUCAAAGGCGAAUUUAGUAUAUUUUUAUCAAAGAAAGUAUAUGAAAAAAAUAGAUAUAUAUUUAUAUCUAGUAGAAAAUUUCUGUUUUCAUUUUUACAACUAAAACCUGUUUGAAAUUCUAGUAAACAUAUCCAUUAAGAAUGCAAACUAAAGAAGUUAUAAAUUUCUGACAUAGAACAAUAAACAUUGCGAAAGACGUAAUAUUACGUCAAUGAAUGUGUUAAUAUCCGGCUGUUUGUGCGUUUAGAGUUGUUUUUCUUCAAAUCUGUACUGUACUGAAUAAAUCAGUAUUUGCGUCUGGUCACUUUGCGUAUGCCUUGGUUACUAGAAACACGUGCGCUGUUUUUUCCUCGUCUGUCUCGAUCCUUCUCACAGAAGUUCACUUAUAUUCGACAAAUAUUUUGUCUUUAUCCCGCCAUCCUGUCGUUAUAGUUUAGGAUGCAGCUUUCGGUGCAGGAUAUAUUUCCAAAAAAAAAAAAAGAAGAAAAACUUGCAACGACACGUAUGUAACGUCCUGACGGUCGUUACAUGUAAACGCAUCAAGGCGACACGCGUGCACUGCGAAGGAAAAUAACACGGUACGUACGAUCGUUCCGGUCGCCUCUUUUUUUCCCUUUUUUCUUUUUUCUAUUAUUUAACAUUGCAUUCAAUGAAUGCAUUCGUAUACCGAAGCGAUCAUUUUCUCUUUCCUCGUUUCUUAUCCUUCUUCUUUUCUACCCAUCCGCCGUUCGUCCGCAAAAGUCUAUUGUUUAUCGUUGUAGUCGGCGAGAGCAAGGCAUAUAUUUACUCUGUAAUAAGAAAAAAAAAAAAAAAAACGUGCUUCCUCCAUAAGCGGGUACGAAGAAGAAAAAAAUAAGUCUGGCAUCAAAUAUUUUGUCCUACGUCGCGUGUAACGAACUAUACGUAUACAAAUAUACAUAUACGGUAACAAGCUUAUUCUCGAGAUACCUACGUGUGCAUCGCGUUUAACCCUCAAGUACCAUGGCGUGGUCAGAUCUGACCCCGACGAAGUUCUCUACUGAAAAGUAGGCAUACGUAUAAUACAUGAAAACGCGGGAAAAUAUUCAAAUUUAAAAUAGCGAUUAAGGAAGCGUAAUUCUAGAAGCACCAAAUUAAUUUGUACACCUGUUAUUUCUACGCCACGGUACUUACAAAAGGGUUAAAUGAAAGAAGAGAAAAAAUGGAGAGAGAUGGAGAAUCUGUGCUCGAACGUGCCUCGCCCUCCACUAUACGAACGUAUGUACUUUUGUGCGUACACAGUAGACGCGCACCGAAUGAAAGAGCGAUUCACGUUCGACGGGCAGCUAGGAGAAAAGAUAGAGAACCAGAGAAUAAAAUGCAUGUACAUAGAAAGAGCACAAAGUAUGCCACUUUGAACAUGAGAGACAGAGAAAAUCUGUCCCUCCGGACGACAGAUCUAGAGCUUCCCUGUGAAACUAUAAAUUCCCAAGAUUUUCGCGAAACGUUGCUCAGUUGCCCGUUCAGCGUGAAUCAGCCUGGAAGUAUGACGCGUACACGCGCGUCGCGUGCACGCGACACCUUCAUAGUUCACUACUAAUUAACUCGGCCUUAAACAAAUGACGUAAACUGCCUCAAAUUAUUAAUAUAUUUAAACGAGCUAGCGCCCUCACUACUUCGACUGAAAUACAAAGCCUAAUCCUGUAUAAUUAAUAUUAUUAUUAUUAUUAUUAUUAUUAUUAUUAUCAUCAUCAUUAAUAUUAUUAUUAUUAUUAUUAACGAACGCGGUGCGAUCGCGUUGUCGCAAGUUGGUGCGAAUCGCGCGGGGGAAAAAGAGCAACAGAGAUAUAGAUAACGAUCGAUCGGAAAGAGUGUAACGUGUGUGCAUUGCGAGCAAAAAGAAAAAAAAAAAGAAAAAAGAAAGGGACGCGAGAGAGAAUGAGAGAAAGAAAGAAAGAAACGCGCAGUGUAGCGCAUUCCUAAAUGAAAACUAUUCGCGUUUCACGAGCGAGCGGUGCAAGAUGCGCAGGCGAGUGAGUUAGAGAAGGACAACGUGUGGAGCGUAUCGAUCCAGCCCGGUAACGUUAACUCGUCGUUUAUCGCGAUAGGAUUUAUCGGAGGAAAGGAAGGAAAAAAAAAAAGAAGAACGUUUCUUUCCGUCGGCGAACAACGAGAGAAGUACGGUAGUGUGGGUCGGUGAAGAAAAAGAGAGAUGAGAAGGGGUUGUCGAGGCCGCGACGUGUACCGAACGACAAGGGGAGAUCUUUCUCUCGUUGCCCUCGCGGACGGAGAUGCCUUCGGAUAAGCGAGGAGAUCGGUCGAAGGUAGACACGGCGAAAGGACACGAAGAAGACAAGUUCGAAAGGGGGAUAUACUUAAUUUUUGGUGGUCGAAAGUUGAUCGAGCCGGGACGAGGGAGAAUUUUCGAAUUUCUCGAAUUUUCGGUAACAUCCCGGGAUACGAACCACUGUCGAAAGCUUUUCACGCUCCUUUUCGGCUCGAACUUUAAAGACGCGACGGCUGGGUGUUUCGAAGGACGGUAGUUUCUUCGUUCAUGUAUUAUACGGGCUCGAAGAAUAUACACGACAAUAAGGAUCGUAGCCGGUCGAACCACGAUCCAUACCCCACGAGAGAGUUAAUCGAGAAACGGACGAGAACUCCUACGGCUUUUAUGGCUCAGCUCGUAAAGAUAUACCCAAGGCUUUUUCUCUGGAACUCGGGACCCCUCCGAACACCCGGUCCAGGAACACUGGGCCAGAAACGACGAUGAGGACGGCGGCGACGACGACGGAGUUUAGAUAGACGGACGGACGGGCGGGCGGGCGAGCGAGCGAGCCGGGCAGGUACGUGGUUGUUGCUAAUGCUUGCGAAGGGAGGAACGAGCGAGAGAGUGACAGCCCUGGCAGCAGGUAGUUGCGCCGGAAAGUACCGGCUGCUAUAUAAAGCGACCCGUGAAGCCCAUUUUUGAUCCAUGAUCCCUCUGCUUCCAGCUAAGAACCCGAAUUACAAUGUGCACCGUGGGUGGACCACCUCCCCUAAGGCCGUACGCGAAUUUUUUCUUAAAUCGUCUACCCUCUCGAUCGACGAUCUCUUUCUCUCUUUCUCCGCGGGCCGAGCGGUUGGGAAAGAGGGACGAAUGAAAAGCGCCUAAGAAAGCAGCGCGACGUGUACAUACCUAACAAUGACCGUCUACCUCUGAUGCACGAAUUGUACGCACCGGCUGAUUCGGUAAAUAUAACGUACUCUAUUUUACGCUAUUCUUUGUACGCGCUUCGUCGCACAGCCGGUUUAUGCCCGGGUUUGCUCGAUGCCCAGUGAGAAGCAGUUCUUUACCCCUGGUAUUUUGCUUCGAGUUACCCCGAGUCUUUUUGAACGCCGCAUCGGCCAGACUAUUCUUUCAUUCUUCUCUUCUUCUUCUUCUUCUUCUUCUUCUUCUUUCUUAGUUUCUUCGUUCUUUUUUCCUCAGAUUUACAAUCUGUUCAAUCGCUUGCACCACGUUAGGCAGAAUCUUAAUUCGGUUUUGUAUAACCGGUAAAGUGCGUCGGAUGAAAAAUCGCGUGGAGCGCGGGGAGUUAAAACUCGAGGGUGCGAGAUAGAAAGUGGGGGCGCGCACGAGAGAAAGAGAGAGCGGAAGGGGCUCGAUUGCGGAAAUCAGCACGCGGUUGUAAAAGAGGAGAGACAUCCAUGUGUCACGAACGUUCGGGAUAUUAUAGGUUUAUACCGUUCUAUGGAUAGUCCGAACGAUUUGAAACGAUGGACCACGCCCUCGGCCUGCCAUCUUCGCUUCGACGAACUCUCUCUCGACGAUCGAUCCUUUCCUCGCGACAAGCUGGCAAAAAUUACCACCGCAAAAGUCGAGCACGAAACGGGACAACUGAAUACGCCCCUGGAACGAGCCGAGGCCUGCCUGGCUCUCCGGCCAAUCGAUACACACCACGCCGUAUGCCUCUACCGUUUGACAACCUCCACCGACAUUUCUCUCUUCGUUCCCUAUUUUUCACCCGGUCCUAUCUCUUUUCUGCUAAAAUGUUUUUCCUCUCACGAUCCUCUCGCAAAAGUGUCGCGGGCACAAGAUCGGGCCGCGACAGUUUUGCAGGCAAGGCAGAUGUUCCGGGAAUUGACCGGCAUUAUCUGAUCGGAACCCGCUCGGCUCUCGGCCGCGAUGGGGAUGAGAAAGGACACCGAGAGCGAGUAAGAUAACAGCCUUUACGGAAUUACGCAUUGUUUUGUCAUUUAACUUGGAAUCGUUCAAAUACACCAGAGAUAUCCAAGCCCGCUCCGGGCUACUCCUACUACGUGUCCAUUACCCUCGUGUAGGUUGCGGCUUAGGCGAGGCAGACGAGGUAUAGGGAUACACAGCCUGUCCUCGUCUGUAACUCGACAUCGUGCCCGGACCACAAUCUACACGAGGGGAAUAGACACGGAGAAGGGGAAUCCCCGAGCAGCCUUGGACAUAUCUGAAAUGCACUCACGGUUUAGUAUCAUUUUCAUCGCAAGAAUCUCGAUGAUCUGAUUAGAGCGAUCUUACGAGGAUCAAAAGGAAAAAUCUAAGAAACUUUAAGUUUUCUCGCGUCGGUGAGUCAUCGGUUCGCUCGAGUACGCCGGGUUCCGGGAAGUGACGGGGAUGACGGCGCGACACUUUGCCAGAGACUGCCUUGUAUAUCUCCCUUCUUUACUCGCCGCUCUUAGAUUAAGUAGAGCAACUCGAAUCGUGACUCGAUUGUUGAACGAAAAAUAAAAGGGGGGAGGAGGAAAAAUACUGGUUUCUUUCUCGUCGAGAUAUACAAAACGCUGGCAAACGAUCGAUUCGUCGGAAGGCAAAGUCCUGUGCGUGGUCGUCGUGGGUUGCCACGUGUCGCUCGAUUCCUCCUUCGAUUGCGUUUCGCGAAUGCGGUUCCGCGUUCCGGUCGUAUCCGAUGUUUUUCUUCGUUUUCUUUUACCGCAAACAGAAAAAACAAAUCGAGUGGUCGAUAUUCACCGUGACGCGAUGGUGUGCCGUCCUGUCACGUCGCAGCUUUCCGGUUUCAUCGACUAGCAGUGUGUUGCCAAUCCCGGUGAACGAAAAGUAAUAACGAGCAAUUCUUUUCUCUUAUAGUUUGCGUUUAUAUAAGAACUUUUACAAUCGUUGGAAAUCCACGUCUGUACAACGUUUGUUAACGAUCCGUUUGCUAAUCCUUUCAGCGCCAACGUAACGCGCCCAUGCGUCAUUUUUAAAAUGACGCCGGGUCACUGCUGAGUCACGUCAGGUUACGAAUCAUUUUGAAAAGCGUCAGUCUCGGUAAGAUACAAAUAAUUUACAAAAUUCUUCGAUUAUCGCGCAGCAGGGCGCGGCCGCGAAAGGGUUAGGAUACCGGUCGUUGCGUGCGUUAUUUUUUCUCGUUAUGCCGCGUCCACGUUGGUGAUUCACGAAUAGAUCCUUUUGAUACAUACACUCGGAUGCUGCGUAAGCUUCUCUUAGUUAAGGGUAGAGGUUGAAAGAGGAGCCUCUCAUCGUUUACCUUCGAAGAACCCCCAGGAGAACCUAACCUAAAACCUUCUACCCUUACAUACAAAGAACAGGGACAAAUAAGGCGAACGGUGGGACACUUCUUUUAUACUUCUUCUUAACUAAGGGAAGUCUAAAUUGCAAGGCGACAAGACCAUCCUCCCGAGCGAACAGUGUUCCUUGAUUACCGACGAGUUCGCUGGCGAACAGCAAUGUGGACGCGGCAUUAUGGUAGGGGUUUGGCGAGCCUGCGGGAGCGUGUUCCAUAACGCAUGCACGCGAAGGGAGAAUAGGCCGUUUCAUGGCCCUGUCUCUCUCUUUCUCUUCCCUUCGUUUUUUUUUUUUUUGCCUUUUCUUUUUUCGUGAUUUAACGAAAACAACGCCGUGCAUCGGCUCCGCUCCCUCCUCCGUCGGCGGGCCAGAAGCAACAAGAUCUUUCUUCGGUUUCAUAAAAGCAUAAAGCAACCAUGGGACUUCGUUGGGGGGGGAUGAAGCUAGCUUAACCAACUACUACUCGUAUUAUCGAAAAAAAAACAAAAAUGAAAAAAUGGAAAAAAAUAACAAGAACAUACCUACGCAUUUAAGAUAAUGUACAAGUCUCUAGUGUGAUACAUUUCUACGCUUAUUCUCUAAACUGUAGUCAUGAAGUCUAAAGUAACGAUACCUCGUUGUGGUUUGUAAACGCGGAUUAAUGCAAAACGUAAGAAAAACACACAUACACUCAAUACAACGUAGUUCUAUAAUAGUAAUAAAGAAAGCAAAGAGAGAACAAAAUGCAAAAAAAAAAAAA